AUGUAUUCCUUGAGGAACCGGGGCUUGACAUCUCUCGUGGAAGGGGUCGAAGCUGGUGAAGCUGCCAAGCCAGAGCCGUGGCUUGACAAGAAAGGCUCUAGCACCCCAAGUGGCAAGUCGAAAAAGUUGAAGGCUCAAGCAGCUCAAGCUGAUCCUGGACAGGCUCAAAUUUUUGGGAGGAAACGGUUGCCCCACACUGCUAGAGAUAGGGCCAGACCUUGGUCUGCUUCCUUGGCGUCUGACGCAAAUCAUACUGGAAAAAGUGAAAUCAGUGAAAGAUGUGAAAGCAAACCAAGUGAAGCAGGUGCCCAAGUUGGCACUGCAGUUGGGACCGAGCUGCAGGAAUUCCAAGCAAAGUUUCAAGAGCUCACACAGGCCUACAAGGAACUGAAGAUUCGCUUUGAUUGCCGGGGUUCUGAAAUGUCAAAGCUGCACGAACGGAUCCGAAAGUUGGAGCGGCGAAUGCCUAGCGUCACCAAAGACACCACCGCCCACAACACAACGACCUUGUUGUCGUGCCGCCAGCCCUGCUGCAUACCUUUGGCGCGGUUGAAGAAGGCAGGCCUCAACGUCGAAACACUGCAGGAUUUGGAUGCAAAAUGGGCUGGCUAUGUCUUCAGCAUUCUUUCCACACAAGCGAGAUCAUCUGGACGAACGCUGUACGAGAUUUUCAAACAAUAUAGCGACGCACAUGCUCGUAUAGAUGAGUCAGCCUUUCGAAACAUGAUUCGGCAGUUCAUACCAUCAAUGCCUGAGGAAAGACUCACGCGGCUCUUUUUCUUUGCUGACACAGAUGGAUCCGGCAUGUUGAAUUUUCUGGAGUUCUUAAGACUUUUUGGGGUUGAUGUAGAUGGCAAGAUGGGCGAAGAGUAUUUCGAGCAUGUGAUGGUUCGAAUGAGAAAGGCUGUUGCGAAAGCUGGGGGCUUGGUGGCACUGCUCAAACUGAAUGACAAGUAUCUAAACCGUACUUAUCCGAACAACAAGUUAAUUGAUGCGAUCGGGCCUGUUGCACCCAGCCUGACGAGGGCCGAAAUUUGUGAAGCCACGGCUCGCUUUGUCACUUCAGGUGAGUUGAACUUGUCAGAGUUUCAAAAUGCAAUGGAGCUUUGCGCUUCCUCAGCCUUUGUGUGCGAGGACUGGGUUCACACGCUUUUCAAGAAUGUGUCAUCUGCUAUCCAGAAGGAGCACAAAGACUUGAAGAGCAUUUUGAAGGUUUUGGGUCAAGGCGGACCUGUGAGCCGUGAGGACUUGCGAUCUUUUCUUCAUCAGUUUCAGCCAAACCUGUGUGACAGUCAUAUUGAUUGUGUUUAUGGGUUCCUUUGCGCCAGCUGCCCCAGUGGAGCUGGCAACCUGACAGUGGGCCAUCUUGUUGAGAUGGUUUGCAAGCCAACACUUGGGCCUGUGCAGAUGGGGUCCAACCGUGCCAGGUUGCCACUGGAAGAAACUUCCCGCCUUGCUGUGCAGCUUUCACAGCUUUGUGGAAAUCUAAGUGGCGCCUUCGACAAUUUGAACCCGUGUCUUCUCUAUGAUGAGUUUUGUACAUCCCUGCAAUCACUCGGCUUCAGUAGCGCGUUUGACUUCGAGAAAAUUUUUGCUGUCAUUGAUGUGCAACGCAGUGGUCGUAUUCCCAAGUCGGUCUUCAUCUCUGUUUUGGAAAGGUUUGUCCAGCCGACGGACUCAGAGAAAGAUACAAAAGAUCUUGGACUGCGAUCGAGUGACAAACUGGUUGAGGAUAUGGAUGAGCGGCUCCAGUACUUUCGAGAAAGGUUGCACACCCGCAGGCAAAACGGCAAGACAGAACGAAACGGUAUACCCUCUGCUUUGCAUGAGGAACUUCUGUGGGAGUUCCAGCGCGCUGUGAACCGUCUGCUGGUUUUGGAAUCUGAGCUGCAAUAUCGGCAAAAACAAGAAACUCGAGGAGACAUUCAUUUAAAGCGAGGCUUGAUUGACCAGGUCAGAGACUUAGAGGCAGCUCAAGCUCGGCUGACAGCUGAGAAGAGGCCUGCUGCAGGAGAGGUCACGCAGGAGAGCUGGCAGAACUUGGAUGAAAGCAAGGUUGCUGAAGCCUGGCAUGCUGGAUACAAAGAGGCUUCAGAUGCUUCUUCCUCUGAGAUCGCCAAGCUACAAAAGGAGCUUGACAUUGCCAAACAGGAAAAAAUCCACUUGCAAUUGGCUCUUAGCCAGAAGAAAGAGCAUGCUGAGGCAGCCAGUGGAGAAGAUAGACCCAAUUCUCCCGCUUCUGAGACCCGAGGGGCUCACGAAGCACACAGUUCCAAACCGCGAGUCCAGCUUCGUCACAGUAUAGGAGGUCCUGGAGGCAACUCUGAAAAGAUGACCGAAGCCAAAACCAUGGGCAGGCAUGAAAGACAUGAUGAAGCUGAAGGAGCUAUAACAGAUGCCCUGCAGCUCUACGCGCGCAAGCGUGAUGUUGCUCAGUUUGCUUCAUUGGUCACCGGCACGUCCAUAGCAGGCCGAUUUAUUGUCAAAGAGGUGCUGGCUGUUGAGGAUGCUUCCAUUGUCUUAGCCUGCAGUGAUGCCUUCAAUAUGCGCGACGUGACUGUGAAGGUGCUCGCCAGAGAUGGCCCAAGAACACGGGCAAACUUUUUGCGAGAGUGCUGUAUCUACUCAGUACUUUCUGAGGUUGCAGAGGUUCAGAAUGCAAUUCACUUCCCAGGUUUGACAAGUGGCCUGGCAUACUGUGUGAUGGAACGCUUGCAGGGCAGGCUGUUGUCUCAACACCUUCAACGCAUCCGAGAAGGCCAUGAAGCGCAUUUGUUGGGACAUGCAGCAGCGGAUAUUUGUGACGCAAUGCUUCAUGGACUAGAAGCUUGUCACGCCCGUGGUGUCACGCACUUGGAUUUAAAACCUUCUGCAAUUUGGGAAGUUGCUCAACCUGCGGGGGUUGUUGUGAAGAUCUUGGAUUUUGGUUUGGCAAGGCUGGCAAACUUAGCUGUCCUCCCUGCGGAUGCCAGACCUUUCUUCCGCCCAGCAGCGGGCGGGGCGUCUUCAGACGACAUCCCAAAGCAUUUGCAGUUUGACGAUGCAUCUGCAAGCGAACAAAAACUACCAGUGCCACAUCCGAAAACGUUUGAUGCAGUGGAAAUGUGGAUGCCCUUCGCCCCGUUUGCAUACUUGCCAGGGGUUGGUUCAUGUUGGUACAUGUCACCAGCCCGCUGGUGCGGUUUUGCAGCAGCCUCAAAGCAUGCAAAUUCUGCGCCACCUGAGCAGCGGUUGUGCAACGUGCCAGCUGGCAACUUGUGGCAAGAACGUGACAGGACAACUGACAAACUCGGUGUGAGCAGAGUGACGCCAGCUUCUCCAGCUGUUCAGGGCGCCAGUGUCACCAUGCAAGUGCCUGAUGGCUUUUAUUUCGAGGUGCAAAUCAGGAAAGUGUGGCCAGCUGCCAUGCUACCGCCUGGCACAGAUUUGGCAGUUGGUCCCGCACUGGGUUUCACACGACUUCCUCCUGUCAGCGGUUAUUCGGCUCUGAAUGCCAAAGCGAAGGAGUGGCCUCUGAGUUGGGUCAUAGGAUAUGAUGGACGUUUCUAUCGAGAUGGUGUUGAGGUCAUCCAGCCGACAUUGAGCUCAGCACCAUUUGCUGUGCAGGAAUUUCGCCGUCACAGGGAUGCAAAGCUUGCAGCUGCAGGAAGCGGAGAAGCAGACAUAGAUUGGCCAACUGGCCCGCUCGGAUGGUCCUUUGUAGAACUGCUGAGGGAUGAUGUCGUGGGGCUCUUUGCCAAGAAAUGUGGGGAGCUUGUAGUCUACGUGAAUGGAAGGGUGGUAUCGAGCGUGGUGACUGAAGGCUUUGACACUGGUUGCCCUCUGUAUCCCCUUGUGGAGGUGUGCGGACUUGCACGGGAUGUGGCGUUUGUUUGCAGCCCUCCAGGGCCAGGAAGCGAAGAAGACCAGGAGGACAGGCUGCGGAAGGUCGAUAAGUUGGUGUCAACGGUGGAAAGUUUGGCAGCGCGCUCUUCAAGUUCAACUUCAGAUGUGUACGCAGCAGCGCUCAUUGCCCAACAAGUGUUCCAGAGCCACAUUUUGCCGCAGGUCCCACCUUCAUUUGUGAAUUUACUCGUUGCCACCCAGUUGUGGCUUGAGCAAGGUCGACCAAACAUUUCUGGCCACAAUGGAAUGCUGAUCGCUUUGAGUGAUUGGGCUCUUAUUGUCCAGGAGCAGCCCCAAGUCUUUGGGCAGCACAUUUCCCCUCAGAUUCAGGAGGUUCUCGAACGAGUGUUUCAGUCCAGCAGUUUGCAGGCAGAAAGCAGAGCUAUCCGCACAGCUGAGGAGUUUCGUGCAGCCCUCAGUGAGAAGACAGCUUGUAGUCACGUGCCCCCAGAAUUUCUGCGAAGCCAUGUCCAGCAAGCUGCGCCAGCCAAGAGGCGCUGGGGGUUGCCAGGAUUGUCAGGUCUACCUGCAGGUGGUGAGGGAAUUCCUGAAGAUGGAGCAGUUCUUUGGGACCUCACACCAUGGACGCUGUCAUCUUCACAUGUUCGAAGGGUGAUGGUGGUGCUACAAUCGCAGGAUGGUCUCAGGAUUAGUUCAGUUAACAUUGGCAAGCUUGAAGCAAAUAUCCCAGACCAGCUGCUGUCGCACUUUGCUGAGUGUUUUGAAGGACCAAGUGGCCGCAAUGCCAGUUUUGAGAGGCGAGCAUUGCCCCGAUUGCUGUUCCGCGACUCGCCUCUGCCGAGCGAAACUUGUCCAGCGUCCUUGGCCAAUUUGCUCGAAGCAAAUGUGCUGGUUCUACUUUUCCAUUUUGUCAAGCGUGUUCAGUUGCAGGAGAACCCUUCAGACCCGUUUCCAGGCACAUUCACUGGCUUGUCGGCUGCAAGAAUGAUUGGAUCUUCCCUUAGAGAGAAUUGGGCUCUGGAGGAGCUAAAGGCCAAUAACUUGGGCUUUGAAGAUGCCGGUCUAGAUUGCAUCAGUGAGGCCUUCACCCACGGCUGUCGCUUGCGCAGACUCGAACUCAGACAGAACAGGAUUACCUUUGCUGGAGUCCAAGUACUAGCUCAGGCUUUGACGAAUCCGGGCUGCGCCUUACAGCACCUAGAGCUUCAGGGCAAUGACGUUGGUUGCGCAGGGUGCACAUGUUUGGCGGAAAUGCUGAAGGGGAACAAUUCCUUGGAAUACCUGGGGCUCCAACAAAACAACAUCGGAGUCAAUGGGGCUGUGAGCCUUGGAACUGCUCUUGUAGCCAACUCACGCCUAGAAGAGUUGGACUUGGGCCGAAAUGUGGUUGGAGUUGCUGGUUGUGGCGCGCUGGUGGCUGCCACGCGUUCAAAUUCUUGUCUUCAGAAACUGAAUUUGCAAGACAAUCAGUUGGAGAUUUUGGCCGGGACCACUUUAGCGGAGGAGCUUAGUGCAGGACUGCAAAUGGACCUUGAUGGUCUUUUGGACUCUGUGCUGCCAACGCAGUCCUUGGCAAAGCGCUCCUUGGCCAAGUUCAAUUUGGCAGAAGCGCCCUCUGGUAGCCAACUAGUCAGCCUCAACUUGCGUCACAACGACUUGGGCAGUAUUGGUGGUGCAGCCGUGGUAGCAGCCCUGCAAGUCACUCGCACACAAUUGUCGGAAUUAAAUCUUGCUUGGAAUGGUUUGGGUUUGGAGGCCGCAGCAGCUUUGUCCAACCUUUUGGGCCCACACUCUUUGUGUAUCCUUACCAAGCUUGAUUUGAGAGAUAACCGGGGACUCGGGGCAAGUGCAGUUCUUCCGAAGGCUUUGCAUCGCGCGGCAUGCUCCGAGAACAAAGAUCAAUCCGAAAGGAAAGCAUCGAAAGAGGAGCGCAGAGAGCCUCCCCAGCACCUUCAGAGAGAGUCUGCUCAGCACCUUCGAUGGCUGAAUCUAGCAAACAUCGAUUUGGACAGUGAAGGGGCUUCCCUCUUGGCUCCUGCAAUGGUGAUGUUUUCCAAUUUGGAAGAGCUGUACCUGUACAACAAUGAGGGGCUCGGGCGCACGCCCCGAAUGAUUGAUCUUGAAAACUGGGAAGCGAAAGAACAGAAGCCUAUCAAAGUGGAAAGAGCUCGUGGAAAAGGUAUUCUCCGCCUAGCACGUGCUUUACCCCAUAGCCUCAAAAAACUUGCUCUCGGGUCUUGCGCGCUGGGCCCGCGUGUGGUCACAGAGUUGCUUCCCAUUCUGUCCGGAUUGCCUUCGUUGGAACACCUCGGUCUUUGUGACAAUGAUUUGAAUGAAGAUGGAGAUCAGCAGCGAACUCUCCUUCACACAGCAAUUUGCAAACUUCUUCAAUCAGGAGUUUCAGUUUUCAAGAGAUUGGACAUCUCUUUAAACGACUUGCAUGAUGAAUGUGCAAUUGCAAUUCUGGUUGCUCUGGCGAAAGAACAGCGAGAUAUUCGGAUCGAUUUCGGAGCCAACAAGGUGUCGGCCGAGCUCCGGGAAGUCGUGCAUGGAUUGCGAGCACAUGCUAGGAAAGACCAGCCUCAGGCAUCAGUGCAAGAUUCUUUCCUGCCUUGUCCCGAUACUGCUUUGGCUUGCGCUGCAUCCCACCUCAAGUCUACCCGGGUUUCUUCCUCUUUGCGAGCCGAACGAGCCUGGUUGGCUGGACAGUGGGCUUUGGCCGCCAUUGAAGGCAGAAUCACUGAGAUCCCUGCCACUCCUGAACUGGGACUACCUCAGAAAUACUGGGUUGUGCUCAAGAGCCCAAGGUGCCGAACACCACGCCUUUUCCAGCAGUUUGGACUGUUCACUCAAGAGGCAGGAGAAAUGGCGGAAGAACGUGGAUCAGAGUUGUUGCACAACUUCGUUUUGCAAGUGCUGCAUGUUCCAGAGGACAUGGUAGAUGUGAAUAGCUCUUCCACAGUCCUAGCACUCGUAGUGUUGCGAAGACAGCACGGCGCGUUGUUGGCAGUGCCUACCGAUGUGAUCAUGCCAGCCAUUUUGACUGCAGGCCUGAGUGCAUCCACAGUAGACCUAAUAGGUAUGUCAACACAUGUAACAGUACCUGCUGGGCUUUUGGAAGAUCUCAAUGCAACCGCGCCACCACGUCCAUCAGAAGGAGAUCUUGUCGAUGUGCUUUUGGUAGACGUUUCCGGAGAGGUUCUCGAAAUGAUCCGACCUUUCCAAAACAGUGGAAUUUCAGAGGACGUGGUGCAUCCUUUCAGCUUCGUGGAUUCGCAUUUGAUUCUGAUUCCCGAGGAUCUAGCAGCUGCAGCUUGGGAGUGGAUCCAAGACCCAGGGUCUGCAAACCUCCUGGUGUUUUACACUGCAGACGAGGGAGACACAGUUCCCGAAACUCCCCGACCAGAGAUACCAUCACCAAAGCGGGCAAGUCGAGCUCGUGCUCAACAACCAGAUGGUGGAGAGCCAGGCAGAGGCUCAGGGACGUCAAAGCGCCCGACCGUUGCACAACUGGCAUCAUCUCUGGAUCAAGUGAAUCAGACUUUGCCUCAGGUUGUCGAUCAACUCAGAGUCCUGGUAGAGCGUCAAGAUGCGAUGGAAGCUCAACUCCACCGAGGUAUGUCCCGACCAUCAGCAUUGCAGCAGCCACUUGGGUCGUCAGCUAUGAAUGGCUCACAGAGAGUCUCCUUCAACCCGACUGCACUGGCACGAGAGUUCCCACCUCCGAGAAGUUCAUCGAUGCGUGGCAGCCCUCCUUCGCCUCGCAAUUCCCAAGCUGCCAUGGAGGCCUUGCAACUGGAAGAAGAGAAGACAGUGGAGCCUGGGCAGUCGGAUCUAGCCCGUGCAGUCCUGGCUCGAUCCCAGGCCCUGACGACAUUGGUGACUCAGCUGGCCAGUGGGGACCCAAUUGGAGAUCUUUCAACUGGCUCCCACACUUUAUCGACAAAGGGUGCUCAAGGGAGAGCCAAACUGCAGCAGGAAUUGGCUGCCAACAAGGGAACCUUCUUUCAGAGCGUGCUUCAGUCUAUGGCACGCAGGAUGCAACCUUCGAGGGCAGCAGAUCAGAGCCCUCAGGAGCUGGCUGCUCGAGGAGUGUGCCCGACGGCAUACCUAGAGAGAUUCAGGGGCUAUGGCAAGGCCCGAGAUCUGGGAUGCCUGCAGUGGCAAGUUUGCAUGUUGCUGGAACACCUCCAGAACGACAACAUCCAUGGUGCCAAGGACACAGCGGCACUGCUAGCAGUAUGCAUCGAACAAGCUGCGAUGGAUGGCGGGAGACUGGACAUUGGGAUGCUUCUCUCACUUUCAGAGGACCCGCCAUCAGGAGUGUUCCAGUCGAAGGCCAUGACAAGCUAUGCGAAGGGACGAGCUUUUGCCCCAUUGGCCGAGCAGAGGUGGAUUACAAUAGCUCUUGCCUAUAUCAAGGAGAUGGACUUGAUAGCAUCCAAACGUCAGGACACCACCGGGAAGCCAUUUGUGAAAGACCCAGAUGCCCAGCAGCCGUAUCCAAAGAAGUCUCCAAAGAAGGCGCCAAAGGGAGGUGGAAAGCAGAAGCAAAAUGCAAACCAAGACGAGGAGUAG